AUGGCGCCUCGUAAAGAGAAUUCCACAGCAUCACCUGCAAACGUGGGUGUCAAACGCACUCGAGCAGCUCCCAAGUCCGCUGUCGCUGCCACGGCCGCGCCAAAGCCAUCCAAAGUUGCUAAGAAGGUAACUAAAAAAGCAGCUCCAGCAAAAGCUGCGGCCAGCAAGACCACAAAGGGUGCUGCUGCUGCCAAAGUUGCUCCCACAAAAGCUGCUCCCAAAAAGGCGGCUCCUAAAAAAUCCAAAGUCGCGCCCAAGGCAGCAGCAAAAUCCAACCAAACACCAGAGGCGAAUGCAGAGAGUGACGAGGAGAAGCCUGCUCCACCAAAACCCAAAGUCAGCCGGAAGAGAGGCCGAAGUCAAGAAUCGGAAAUAUUGCCUGUUGCUAAGAAACUCAAGAUUGGCCCAACCAUCAACACUCUUCCUGUCGAGCGUCUUGAUGUCUAUGUUUUCGGAGGCGGAGAGAAUAAUGAGCUGGGGCUCGGAGCGAAGAAGAUCGAUGGAAAGUCACCAUCUGAUGUGAAGCGCCCACGGUACAAUGCGCUUCUUAAGGGCGUCACCCAAAUUGCUGUCGGUGGGAUGCACUGCAUUGCCUUGACAGACGACCAGAGAAUUCUUACAUGGGGAGUUAGUGAUGGUGGCCCAUUGGGUCGAGACACUAGUUCAUACGAGCCUCCAUCAAAAGAUAUGGAUGCCGAUUCAGAUUCGGAGGAUGAGGACGAGAUGAUUUUAAACCCAGUCGAGAGUACCCCAACGGCUAUCUCUACGGACUUUCUCGAUGGGAGAAAAGUCGCCCAAGUGCUCGCUAGCGACUCGGCCAGCUUCGUGCUCACGGGAGAUGGUUAUGUUUAUGGCUGGGGAUCAUUCGUCGGAAACGAUGGAAUCAUCGGCUUCACGGCUGAAGGCGCGGCAAAGGCGGCCACAGAGCGUGAUGGCGACCUAAAGAAAAAGCUUCAAAUUCAGACUGAGCCCAUGCUUAUUCCUGGAUUGAAAAACAUUGUGUCAUUGUCUCGCGGUAGCAACCAUGUCAUCGCUAUAGACAACAAGGGUACAGUCUUCACAUGGGGUGCUCAUGAACAAAGUCAGCUCGGAAGAAGAGUUAGCGAUCGUUUCCGUUUUGCUGCCCUCAAACCCUCACCUGUUCUUAAGAACUGCAAAGCUGUCGCUGGUGGUGCUUACCACUCCUUUGCCAUCAACAAGAAGAACCAAGUCCUCGCUUGGGGCUUGAAUAACUAUGGCCAAACUGGUAUCGAUUCAAAUGCGGGAGAUGACGAAGCAAUCAUUGGCAACCCAACUAUCGUCAAAAGUUUGGAGAGCUACGACAUUCAGCAAAUCAAAGGCUGCCUCCACCACACAAUCGCCUGUACCAAGGAUCAGCAGGUGUUGGUAGUUGGUCGAUGUGACGAAGGUCAGACCGGUCUUGAUUUGGCUAGCAUUGACCAAGAUAACCUCAUCGUCAGCUCCACCACAUCAAAACCAGCUAUCCUCAAGAAACCCACGGUCGUUCCUGGUAUCACAGCCACCUUUGUCGCCGGAGCUAUUGAUAAUAGCAUUGUUGUGGCAGAGGACGGAAAAGUCUGGGCAUGGGGAUACGGAGAAAACUACAGGACUGGUCUGGGUACUGAUGACACUACCUGGACCCCCACUGCCAUUGAAAACACUGCGAUCAAGGGUAAGAAAAUGACCUUUGCUGGAUGCGGAGGGCAGUUCAGCGUUCUCGCUGGACCAGAGGUCGAAAUGACGAAUGGCAUCUAG